AUGCCCUUGAACACGGUCGCACUCAGUGUGGCCCUCACCCCUGCUGUCAUCUCGACAUUCUUCUCUCAUUAUUUGCACCGUAAAUCACUCCAUCAUAAACCAAGCAUUCAUAUCGAAUACGAUGAAGGUGUUCGGAUAUUCCGCGAGUUCCUCGCUUACUCGGCCAAGCACUCCGUCGAGGACCUUCAAUCCUUCACGGGCCAGAGAGUCCCCAGUCCUCACUGGGUGAGGACUGAAACGGUUACCAUUCCCACUCAAUAUCUGUCAUCUGCCGCAACGGCCUUGAUCGACCAAUUGGGCCCCAAGGGGUUGCCCCAGGUUGGAGGGAAAGAGUGGUGGCAAUGGCGCGGACCAGUAGAUGAAUUAAAAGGCGAGUGGGUCGAAAUGAGAAAUGAUUACAAUGAAAGAACGCAGGCCAGAAAGAUUCACGGAACCCAUCCGAGUCAGAAACGUAUUAUGUUUUACAUACACGGUGGAGCGUAUUACUUUGGAAGUUUAGAAACGCAUCGGUACCAGAUGCAGCGUCAUGCCAGGAAGCUAAAGGGACGAGUGUUUGCACGUGAGUUUAAUGAUUCCUUCUUGGAGAUUUCGGCAUAUCGUCUAGCUCCACAGUUCCCAUUUCCUUGCAGUCUGCAUGACUGCUUGGCUGCCUAUCUGUUCCUUCUGAAGGAACACAAGCCCGAAGAGAUCAUAUUUGCUGGAGACUCUGCCGGCGGAGGAAUGGCGCUCUCGCUGCUAUGUAUUCUUCGUGAUCAAGGCCUGCCUUUGCCUGCAGGAGCGAUCCUGAUUUCACCCUGGGUUGAUCUCACCCAUUCUUUUCCUAGUAUAGUGAAGGAUAACCCCGGUGACUAUAUACCGCCCUACGGUUUCAGGCACAAGCCUUCUGCCGCCUGGCCACCACCAAACUCGGAUGAAAUAGAAGCCAUCAAGAAAGGCCUCGGGAAACAGCGUGCUACCGAAAAUAGUACGAAAGAGGCCAUACCACCCAACGGCAGUGAGGCUCAGGAGACAGCUGUCAAGGGUUAUUCGGUUCACGAGAACCUGUCGGCCAAAGCAUCUAUGAAUGCAACGGAUGAGCCUGGUAAUCCUAGGGUUCUCAUUGAUGGUACGACCGUUGAGAUCAAGGAUCAAAUCCAUAUGUAUACGACCAACCAACUCCUAUUCCACCCACUCGUUUCUCCUGUUCUACAACCGUCCCUGGGAGGUCUACCUCCUUUGCAGAUUCUAAGUGGUGGUGGAGAAAUGCUACGAGACGAGCAAUUCUACGUUGCUCAUAAAGCAGCAAAUCCGACCGCUUACCCGCCCAAUGAUGAUUUCUUAGACGAGUACGACCCCGAACGUGAAACGCUACACAAAUACUCCGGAACCCACGUCCAACUUCAAGUUUGGGAUGAUCUUUGUCAUGUUCCGACUACUUUGAGCUUUACUCGCCCAGCAAAAUAUAUGUUUCGAUCAAUUGCACAGUUUGGAGCAUGGGCUCUCGCAUGUGCUCAAGAAACAGAGAUUGAUAUUGUGGACGACACUGACAUCUCACCUAUCUCGUCUGAUAGCUCGGAAGACCCAGACACUCGCACCAAUGGGCCCCAAGCAGAGAAUUCGAAGCAGUCUGUGGCAUCUGUCGGGAAGGCUGGCGAUCGGUUACCUCCGUUCAAAGAGCGCAUGAUUCGUCAAAGGGUCGACAAAAGAGGUCAUAUAUAUCAUUUGGAACCCCAGGCUUCGUGUCCUGUCCUUCAAAUCCCAAAUUCACAAGUCGGGGCCAUCAAUCCGGAACUGGUCAAGAACUGGCUUGCGGCGAAAAAGGAAUGGGAUGUGAAGUACGCCAAGGACAAGCUUCAUGUCCAACGCCAACGGGUCAAAGAGUUGGCUCAGUGCUUCCAACAAGAUUUUGUGGGCGAGGUGCCCCCUCCCAGUUCACUGGCGGCGAGAAGGUCCGCCCCUGGAGUCAUGCCAUCUCGAGGUGGCCGGAAGAGCUACCCGAUGACCAUAUGGAGCAAUUGGGCCAGCAGGCAUGACGAGAGGAGUCUCCAACGGGAGCACAAGAAGGAGAAAGAGGGACAACCCAAGAGAACCAGCGUAGAGGCUGGACGCGCCGGAGCUUGCAUGAAAGCAACGGAGGUUGAUGAAGGCACCUCUCCGUAUAAUGAACAGGUUAGUCAUGGCUACCAGAACGUUGUUAUUGUCGAUACUAAAGAAAAUAUUCAGGAUACAUCAGAUGGGACAAAGAGCUCAGCGACCCGGACAGAGGAAGAUGUUUCGCAUAGGCUUGUCAAUAAGAGUUCGGGCCCUAUGAUAAUCCUGCCCCCAUAUGAUGAGAAGAAGUUCACGGAGGAAAACGCGAGCACGCAAGCACUUUUCCACGCACGAGGAACUAUGACCUCAACGUCCGACCUAUCCAUGGCCCGAAAGCAACGACCGGUAUCCCAAGCCGGGUCAGGCACAAUUCGAAGCGGCAUCACAUCUGAUAUUGCAGAUGAUACCAGUACUCUCGGAGACAGAUCGCUCGCCGUUACCAACACCGGCGUCGAUGCCGCUAGUACUCGAGCAGUACGGAACUCGGUCGGAGUUGUGGGCCUGAUCAAUGAUGGCGACUCAGCCUAUCGCUCUAUUGAUUUCUACUCUAUACCGCGCGACUCGGGUGACCUUGAGACCGAUUCUCUUGGUGGGAGGACGACGGAAGGAGAUAUCUCUCGCACCGUCUCUCGCCCGGGAAUGGCUGACCGAGAGUUUUAUAAAACUGCACAGGAGCACCCUGCAGCUUGA